UCAUUGGCCCACCUGUAAUCCAGGGUUGUAAUAAAUUGUAAAACUAUGCACAAGAAUAUCCUCAUUGGGUGUUUCUAUGUAGCUACAUGCUAAAGGAAACCAGUAAAGUGCAGGCCAGAUAUAAUGCACUGCUAUAGUAGCUAUAGACCUGUAGAUAAUGCAUCUAAAGGGCUUCCCUUGACAUUCCUGUGGAGAUGGAGCAGGUUCUGUUGAAGAACAGAUAAGUCUAAGCCCAUUGUUCAGAAUGAGCCCUAGCCCUAGGGCGGGUGGUUUGGUGCCUCAGUAUCAAAGCUAUGUAAUUAUAAUCACCUAUCCAUAUGCACCUCUUAUAUCAUUUAUCAAAAGAGUGUUUGAACUUAAUUUGAUGUCUCUUGUGCACUUUACAACACCAAUAUUUCAGGAGCUGUCUGCAGAAAGAACUGCACGAAGAGAGCCAGAGAUCGUGUGUGUGGAAAUGAUGGAAUGUGGUACAGGAACAUUUGUGCACUAAGGCAGAGCAAAUUUUGCAAAGGAACCAAAGUUAGCGAAGCAGAUUCUGAAGUCUGCGGCAGAGCAUGCCAUGAGCUGACAGUUCCUGAACAUGGCAACAUCACAUUCAGCAAAGGCAUCGCAGUAACGUCAGUUGCCAACAUCACCUGCCAACCUCCAUAUAUACUGCUGAGCGGAUCUGAGCUACGGACGUGUGUUCAGGGACGAACAAGGGGGACUUGGAAUGGGACGCAGCCUACAUGUGUAAAACAUCCCUGUGAACUACACCAGUGUGAAACACAUGAACGGUGUGUUUUGAACGAACGCAACAACACGGAGUGUGUCUGUGGGGACGAGUGUCCACGUCCACAAGGGGACGAAUGGGUCUGUGGGACUGAUGGGAAAUCAUAUCCAAGCCGGUGCCACGUGAAACUCAGGGCCUGCCAAAACUCAACACCAUUUUUACAACCCUCCUACGCAGGGAAAUGCAAUCCAGACGAGUUUCCCCGUAAAAGAAAGCGGUGAAGUAUCACACCAAACUGAUGAUGUUUGUGUUAUUACAUUUGUGUGCAUAUCCAUUUUUUCGCUUUUUAAAAUUUUUGUCAUUCUUUGUUCACUAUGCAUCUUUUGUAAUUAUGUGCGUUUCAUUCCCUUUGUUCAACUAUAUUUCCUCUCUAUUUUUGUAAUUUUUUGUUUCUCCUCAUUAUCAUACCAGCAUCAAUCAAAAACCCCAAUCUAGAUUUUCAUGGACGUUUUGGCAUUCCCUCCUCAAACUCUUAAUCUUUUAAUUUAUGCAGUAUCACAAACCUUGACCAUUCUCCCUUCAAAAGUAUUUCUGAGUUUGUAACCACAUGAAAUUGUUUGAAUCAGAAAAAUCUGACAAAUAUA